CCUCCGGCCCUACACUCCCGCCGCCCGUCCUAAGCCCCGUUCCACUGUGCUUUGGUGCGGGCUCAGGCCUCUUUCUCCACCCAUUCCCAGUCAUCCCAGGCAACCUCAUCAGCCAAGAAAUGCCAUGGCUGAUGCUGACCCUGAGGAAAGAAACUAUGACAACAUGCUGAAAAUGCUGUCAGAUCUGAAUAAGGACUUGGAAAAGCUAUUAGAAGAGAUGGAGAAAAUCUCAGUGCAGGCAACCUGGAUGGCCUAUGAUAUGGUAGUGAUGCGCACCAACCCUACGCUGGCCGAGUCCAUGCGUCGGCUGGAGGAUGCCUUCGUCAACUGCAAGGAGGAGAUGGAGAAGAACUGGCAAGAGCUGCUGCAUGAGACCAAGCAAAGGCCGUAGACCCUACUGGCCCACCACAGCUACCAUGCCACCCUCUGCCCGUAUGAAGAGGUCACUGGGGGAUGGAGCUGGCAUUCACAUGAAUAGCUGUAUGCACUGUACUUGUUUCUUAAUAAACUUAUUUUUAAGCACA